AAACCCUUCUUAAUUAUUUUGAUACCCCUUACAUUAUACAUUACCUCUUCUCAUGGUAACCAACCAUUAUCCACCUUUGCUUGAUGUCUUAACCCAAAUAAAAACUUGGUAUACACUCAAAGAAUAAAGAACUUCAAACUCUUAAUACCAAACCCUUUUACUCACAAAUUCCCAAACACUUCUCAACCAAAUAUUUCUCUUCUUCCAAUCCAAACAUGUCUCUUCAAGCUCAACAACAACAACAGCCACAACAACCUGUUCAAGUUUACCCAACAACUAACACAAAUCAACCAUCUUCUCAUCAUUCAAAUGGAUCUUUUGGGACAGUUUUCAUUGUCCUUGCUAUAAUACUAGUCAUUUCAGUUGUUGCUUGUUUUCUCGGACGCCUUUGCAACCGACGCUACAAUAAAAACAACGACAACCAAAAUCGUCAACAUAACAGCCUGCAGAGACGGCCCGUUAAGCCGUCAAAUAGGCAGCAACAGAUUCAUGAUUUUCAAACAAGAGAAGAUGACAUUGAACUUGGUGUUGACAAAAGAAUGCCUCCACCAAUAAUUACUAGGCCUAGAGGACUUGCUUUUGAACCACCACGCACAGGAUCUCAACCACAUGGUAAUAUGAAAGGAUCUCAACCACAUGGUAAUAUGAAAGAUUUUGAAAUGAAAUCUGAUCAUGAAAGUGAUCAGCAUAGAGCAGGUUUAUGACUAUGAUAUUGAACUAUAUAUUAUACAUGUAAGAUUUAGCCAUCUUAUGCUGAUAAAAACUUCCACUGUGUGUUUAAUUCCUUCCAAUUAUCUUAUUUUAAUUAUUUCUUGAAUUUUCAGUCCUGGACGAAUUCAUGAUGUACAGUAUACGUGUAAUAAAACUAUAUUGAAUUUACUUUUAGAGAUGUGUAACAUAAUAUAUUUUCCUUGACCAAAAAAAGUAAUUAAUAUAUUUUCAACAUUUUUAUGAAGUGCGUUUUUUAAUGAAA